UGCUUUGUAACUCCCGUGCUUUGUGUGCCCCGACUGUGUCACUGGGCUGCAGUGGUUGCAGGAUGGCAUCCGGCAUCUUUGAUCCAUUUUGAGUUUAUUUUCGUGCCGGCAGCUGACUUGGUGCUCAUCUCAGCUGCCCACCAUGGCCCGGGGGCUGCCCAGCACCGCCAGCCUGGCACGCUUCUGCCAGAAACUGAACCGGGUGAAGACACUAGAGGAGCCCACCACGGAGACGUCACUGAGGCGCCACCUUACUACACUGGACCUGACCCUUCAAGGUGUGGGUGGUAUGGUUGGCUUAGGCCUCUACAUCCUCACAGGCACUGUGGCCAAGUGGAUGGCUGGCCCUGCAGUGCUUGUGUCCUUCAGCGUGGCUGCCGUGGCCUCCCUGCUCACAGCCCUAUGCUAUGCAGAGUUUGUAGUGCGUGUGCCCUGCAGGGGCUCUUCCUACCUGUUCACCUAUGUGUUCACGGGCGAGCUGUGGGCCUUCCUCGUUGGCUGGAUCGUGCUCAUCCAGUGGCUCAUUGGUGUAGCUGCCAUGGCCCGCGUCUGGAGCAGCUACCUGGACGUCAUCUUUAGCCACCGCAUCCGCAGCUUCACCGAGGCCCAUGUGGGCAUCUGGCAGGUGCCCUUUCUGGCCCGGUACCCAGACUUCUUGGCUGCUGGCAUCAUACUUUUGUUCUUGGCUUUCGUCUCCUGUGGAGGUCGUGUCUCUUCCUGGGUCAACCACAUCUUCUCUGCCAUCAGUCUCAUCGUCAUCCUCUUCAUCAUCAUCCUGGGGUUUGUCCUGGCCCACCCACACAACUGGAGUGGUGAGGAGGGCGGCUUUGCACCCUUCGGCUUCUCCGGCAUCAUGAGUGGCGCCGCCACCUGCUUCUAUGCCUUUGCAGGCUUUGGUGCCAUUGCUGCCUCCAGUGUUGAGGCCCGGAACCCAAAGCGAACAGUGCCUAUGGCCCUUGCCAUCUCAGUUGGUGUAGUGGCUGGCGCCUACAUCCUCGUCUCCACAGUCCUCACCCUCAUGGUGCCCUGGCACAACCUGGACCCUGACUCAGCACUCGCUGAUGCCUUCCAUCAGCAGGGCCAUAGCUGGGCAGCCUUCAUCGUGGUGGCUGGUGCAAUCUGUGCCAUAAUCACUCUCCUGCUCAACAUCCUCUUGUUCGUGCCACGCAUGGUCUGUGCCAUGUCUGCCGAUGGGCUCUUCUUCCAGGUUUUUGCCCGCGUGCACCCCCGGACUCAAGUGCCUGUGGUGGGCAUCCUGGUAUUUGGGGUCCUCAUGGCUUUCCUGGCACUGCUGCUGGACCUCGAGGCACUGGUCCAGUUCCUGUCCAUCGGAAUAAUGCUGGAACUCACUGUCCUGACCACCAGCAUUAUCAUUCUACGCUUCCGAAAGUCCCCUCCAUCCAGUUCUCAGGGCCCAGGCAGCCCUGUGGGCACUGAGCAGGCCUCAGCCCCUGAGCCUGGGCAGCUGCGAGCAGCCAUGAGGCCCUACCUCCGCUUCCUGGGUGGGUGCAGACCUGGAGCCACCGUGGCUUGGUCCCUCGGUGUCCUGGUGGCCUCGGCCAUCACCCUGGACUGCAUGCUGGUCUUCGGGGACUCGGCCCUGCACCUCCCGCCCUGGGGCUACACCCUGCUGCUCCUGCUCAGCUCUGCCACGUUUCUGCUCAGUCUCCUCAUCCUGGGGGCCCACCAGCAGCAGCGCCGGCAGGACACCUUUCAGGUUCCCAUGGUGCCCCUGACCCCUGCCCUGAGCAUCCUCCUCAACAUCUUCCUCAUGCUGCACCUGAGCUACGUGACCUGGCUGGGCUUCUCCAUCUGGUUGUUGAUCGGACUCGUGGUAUAUUUUGGCUACGGCAUCAGGCACAGCAAGGAGAACCAGCAGGAGCGGCCCAGGUUGAUGGCCACACACAGCAGCCUGAAGAUGGUGCCAGCCCUGCAGCCCCCCAGCCAGGCACCGGCCCAAAAGCCGGGCCACAUGGAGGAGCCAACCAGUCCAUGAGGACCACUCGGGCUUCUCUGCCCUCCCCCACCUUCUCAGGAGGCCAAAAGAACUGGCAGUCCCUCUAUCUGGGGCAGCUCGGGUUUUCACACCUUGCCAUGCCGGGGGGUCCUCAGAACAUCAGCCCAGGUGCUGAGCUUUGAGCCUGUGGGAGUGGGCCAUGGCCACUGCUGGUGUGGUGGACUCUGCCCAGCGCCAUCCAGUUUAUGACCAAGUCCAGCUACCUGGGCAGGUGGAGUAGGGCGGGCAGGGAAGAGGCCUGAGCCCCAGGGACCCACAAUAAUAACA